UGAACACUUACCUGGCAGGUAGAUCGGCUGCUGGAUCUGGGCAGUCAUUCAGUGUCGUGGCCGACUCCGAUCAUAACCUUCAACUUACCGGCUUCUUCAAAUCAACUGUUCAUCUCUUCCACGGGUGCGCCACUGUUGAGGGACCAAACGGACUCCACAACUCUUUCACCGGAAGAAGGAGCUCGCAUUUCAAAACUGAUAAGUUGAAACGGAAGAACUUGGUGACAAAAGGCGUAUAGUUUUGCCGAUUAUUAUUGUGACAAAUAUCUAGAUAUUAAUGUGACUUGAGUGGUGACUGUCCUUUUUAUAUCGAGUGAAUUAUCUUGUGACAAAAUUGCCCAUCAAUGAACUACAUACUCUAAUAUUGCUAAUAUUCUGUGCCUAAGAAUCCUUGAAGCUUCUUCGGGAUUACAAAGUAUUUCGGACUGGUUCUCAUUGAAAAGCGUCCUGUUGUAAAUGAUCUUUAACUGGAUGUUCCAAAUCAGUUCCGAUGAUGCUGAUUUCUAACGGAAACACUUUGGGGAGUGGAAAUGAAUUCUCAAAUGUAUCAAACCUAGCAGGGUGCUGUCCGAUACCCCCAGUGGCACCGGCUGCACGUUCUGCUCCUAUAAAUUGGAAAAUGGACCCAGUUGGUUUACCAACACCCAAUACAGCUCCCAGCGUUCUCUCAGGUGGACUGCCACUAUCUCCUUCAGUGGCAUCAUCUCCUUCGCUGUCGUCGUCGGUUGUUUGUUCGUCACCGUCGGUUUCGUCCGCAACCGCUAGCCAUUUGCCGCCGACAGCUCUUCGAGAUUUGUAUGGAUCAGCCGGAGCGCCACCAGGACAUCCCAUCGCUUCGCUCUUGUCACAACAGAGGCUCCUGGAAAUGUCCAGGUUCGGAUUCAGGCAUUUUGAUUUGGCCCAGCAUAUGCUCAGUCAGCAAGGAGCAGUCACAAAACUACUAGGUACCUUACGACCGCCGGGUCUCAUUGGGGGAAGCAAGCCCAAGGUAGCGACACCCGCAGUUGUUUCCAAAAUUGAACAGUACAAACGAGAAAAUCCUACAAUUUUCGCUUGGGAAAUCCGCGAAAGAUUAAUAUCAGAAGGAGUUUGCACUAACGCUACAGCUCCAUCCGUCAGCAGCAUCAAUCGCAUUCUUCGUAACAGGGCGGCAGAAAGAGCUGCUGCAGAAUUCGCGAGGGCGGCUGGUUACGGUUUGUACCAUCCCCACCCUUAUGCCACCGCAGCAGCCGCAUUUCCGUGGCAUUCACACCUAUGGCCUAAUGGUCCUCUGGGGAUGCAGGCGGCACCUGGUGCCGGAGUUCCUGUGGUAUCUGGUUCACCAGGAUCAGCCGGUUCUCCCCAGGAUCACGGAUUACUGUCGUCUCCACCAGGACACCGGUUACUCGACGUUGAUGGCAAAGACGACUCAAGUACUGAUGGAAACGAUCAACCCAAAUUUCGAAGAAAUAGGACCACGUUUAGUCCUGACCAACUAGAAGAAUUGGAAAAGGAAUUUGAGAAAAGUCACUACCCUUGUGUUUCAACCAGAGAGAGACUUGCAUCAAAAACUUCACUCUCGGAAGCCCGAGUUCAGGUUUGGUUUUCCAACAGACGAGCAAAAUGGAGACGUCACCAGCGCAUGAACAUGCUAAAGCAGACGUCCCCAGGCCAACAGCAGCACCCACACCACCAUCAAGGAAGUCGAUCGCCGUCGAUGUUCGGUCCGGGGAGUCGUUUGACACCCUCACCCCACUACACGGUCGCUUCCACCCCUGGCUCACCGCAUACUGUACCACAGCGCACUUCCGCCCCAGUCACUUCCUCUCUGCUGCUCCAAAUGGGCGGUGAAAAUAGUGCGUUCAAGUCUCUGACGCCCAACCAGGGUGUGCAGCCGCCCAGUUCUCAGUCAUACUUCAGUUCCGCCACCGGUGGUAGUGGUGGCGGAAGGUACACUGCAACUCUGACCGACUCCGAGGACGAGGAAAUCAACGUCAAUGACGAAUCGGACGUGGAGGAACCGCUCAAGUCGGGCUCGACGAGUCCUGUGGAAGUAGUUGAUCCACCGGUCAAGUCGUCUUCGACUGCGGCCACGGAAGCGGUCAAGUUCCAGCCGCUACAGCUCACUAUCCAUGACCGCGACGAGUAGCCGAUUACGGACAGCACGAAAUGCACUGGCGAAUCAAGGUACGAAGUUUGAUUUAAACGAAUUGCACUAAACGAGUUUCGAAUUACAAAUUAAAUAAUGUCACAACUAAAUUGUAUAACGUUUACUUAAGGAAUGAAAUUAACAGAUCGUAUAUCAUUAAGAAAUAGAAGAACGAUAUAUCUUUAAACUUAUGGUUUAUUUAGAAAAAGCAACGAACUUACUAUAAUUCUAUUUCAAAUUUUAUUUUAUACUUCGGGAAAAAAUAUUACGUUAUACUUCAUUCAGUUUAUGUAGCGAUGUGACCUUCAGUUUGUCCGGCGCAAAGUAGAAAAGAACAGCACUACGCCAGAAAACGAAAGAGACAACUCUAGGCCAAACGUUUAACCGGCGAGGAGCGUAUAAUUCGUAGAGUACUGCACGGAAAAAUUGACCAUUUUAUCCACU